UGUUUCCGGUUCAUUCCGCUGUGCGAAGUUGCUAGUCACAGGAGCCACAAUGGCGUUUGUAGUCUCCUUCAGAUAGGGCUGUGGAUGAUAUUAAAUCCACUAGCAUCGCCCUAAAUAUAGGCCUGGUUGACUCCCAGAGCCAUUAAUAAUAAACUGGAACAUCUACUGCACACGACAAUACUAUGAUUUCUAAUCAAUAUUGACUUUAUAGGAGAUAAAACUUAUAUUAAAGGGAACAUGUAAACCGGGUCAAGUUUUCAUUUUGUUCGAGAAACGAGCGUCUUUAAUGAAGGCAUUCACUUAGUUUCUGACUGCUAAGGUCGUAAUUCUGUGGAAUAAAAGCACCUUAACUUAACUUGGCACUGGACAAGGACACCUUUCACAAAAGGACUUUUUCUUUUUCACGAGUCGGCUCGCUAGCCGUCGAGCAUUAGCUAGCAGUGCUAGCUAAAUUAAGGACUGAGACGACAGCAUAGUGCUCCGAUGUUCGCCUGGGAUCUUUUUCAUCCACUGACUAAUUCAAUCUGCGUGCUCUGCAGUGCUGGAAACCCGUGGUAUCGUUCUGCUUAGUCGGACUGCGUUGGCUAUCCCGAUGGAAUGAAUCGGCGUUGAGGAGGACUGGACGCGAGCGGCCUUGGUGUGUUUAUAUUUUCUUUCUCCCUCUGCUUAGUAACUUAACGUUUCUGUUGUGGGUUUGGAGGCGCUCUACUCUCCCCCCCUUGUGAAUGAAUUGCCUGGACCACCGAGGCCCAGUUGCAGCCGAGGUACCGACGCCGGACGUGAGGGAUGCCUGGGUCGGACCGACACCAUGGGACCAAGAGGAAGCCGGAAUCUAGCGGUGUGCUGCACCAGACCCAGGCCUCGACUCGCGCCUCUGCGGCCGACAAGACGAGCAAGGAGGGUAAGGUGCAGUCGAAAUCUUCGAUGUCCUCUUCCAAACGCAAACGGCACAAAUCAACCAAACAUAGUCGCGGGUUCUCGGCGGCGCCGGUACCCGAAGAUUAUACCCUCGGCGAUGCGGCGCCACCUGGCGUCCACACGGUGAAGCCUCUGGUGGAGUACGACGAUAUCAGCUCCGACUCGGACACUUUUUCAGACCCGCCGUCGAGGCCUUCGGAGAGGGGGGGCGUGGACCGACUGGAGCCGUCGCCAGACUACGACGGGGAUGACGUAGACAUAGAGGCCGACGGUAGCGAGGACACGGGCCACAGACACUACCGGAAAAAAGCCAAGGACCCCAGCAAAGUUAGAGACUCUGGAAAUGGAGAACGUGGGUACAAGAAAAAGAACAGCAAAGAUCGCGAGAAGGGGAGUGCCGGGAAGAGCAAGGAGAAGGCCGCGUCCUCGGGCCCCUCGUCCAAACGCCAGGUCCAGCCCGAGGGCGACUCUAAACGGGGGGAGCUGAUGCUCUCUACCCAGGUGCAGCCUGUGGCGAGCGUGGGCAGCACCACCUCCUCCGCAUCCUCAUCUCGCAGCAAGGAGAGCAGCCGCUCGGGCAAGUCUCGCAAAGACAAGCAACAGCGGCGGGAGGGCCGCGCGGAGGACGGCCGCGGCUCCUCCCAGAGGAACCGAGCCGACAGGAGCCACCGCAAGUCCUCCAAGGGCCACAAGUCCAGCCCCAAGGGCAAGGCUGCGGCCAGGGGGAGCCCCCGCCGGAAGGGCACCGGCUCGGCGCUCUCGCCCAGUCCCAGAAGAGGGGCCGGCAGCGAGAGUCCACAGGGCGGCGGGUAUGGGCAGCAGGGGGACGACGGCUACUCCAGGCGGAGGGUGGCCCAGCAGAGCCCCUGUCCGUACGGGGACAUGUCCCGCCGCAGCAGGCAGAGGUCGGACAGCCCCUACGGCAGCAGACACCGGUCCUCCAGCUACGAGAGGGACAGCAGCCCCUACUCGAGGAGGCGCUCCAACAGCCCCUAUGGCGCCCGCCGGUCCUCCAGCACCAGCCCCGUGUCACGGCGCUCUGGCCGCUCCAGGAGUCGUUCCCCUGUGCACUACUCGUCUUCUCGUCGCUCCUCCUCUCUCCGUGGCAAGAGGCAUAGUUCCUCCGUUGCAGCGGGGGCCGGCUCUCACAGCAGCCGACCAGCGAGCCGCUCCCCUCCCUUUUCCCGCCUGCCACUUAACUCCAGCCUGGGAGCGGAGCUGAGCCGCAGGAAGAAGGAACGGCAGGCUGCCGAGGCGGCUGCCCGUGCUAGUGGCGGGGCGUCCCCUCUUCCGCCAGCAGCGGCGCGCAAGUGUGCCGGCUCCUCGUCGUCGUCAAGGCCCACUAAAGCUGCAGCUCCACCGCCAGAAAGAGACUCGACAGCAGCAGAACCUCUGCCCCCACCGCCUGUGCCGUUACCCCAGGAUGCUCCCGGCGGUGAGGAUCCGGUCGCUGUGCCGCUACCUUCCUCGUCCGCCUCCUCUCCGGCCCCGCCUCAGCCCUCUCCUCCUGUGCCACCCGCCCCAGCCACGCAGGUUCCACCACUUCCCCCUCAGGCAGAAACGAGUAUCCAGCCUCCUACACCGUCAACCGCCCCCCAUGUCGCACCGCCGGCUUCGGUUCCCAUGCGCAGCCCUCUCCGGCAGAUCCCGUUCCACAAGACGUCGACUCUUCCUCUCCUGCCUUUACCGCCUGCACUGCUGGGAAACACUCAGGACAGUCCAAAGAAGUCCACCCCCCCUCAGAGGCUAUCCAGGAAGGAGAAGGAGGUCCGGAGCCGACCGUCACUCAUCGACCUUCCUUUACCCCCCACCCUUCCUGGAGGUGACUCCUCACCCCCACAGUUCCCCACCCAGCAGGCGCCACCGCUACCCCAGGCAGUCCUUAAGAAGAGACCAAAGAUUUGCUGCCCGCGAUAUGGUGAGCGCAAACAUACCCAGAGCGACUGGGGAAAACGCUGUGUAGACAAAUUUGAUAUCAUCGGCAUCAUAGGAGAAGGCACCUACGGCCAAGUGUACAAGGCCAAGGACAAAGACACAGGUGAAUUAGUGGCUUUGAAGAAAGUGCGUUUGGACAACGAAAAGGAGGGUUUCCCCAUCACAGCCAUUAGAGAGAUCAAGAUCCUGCGGCAGCUCAAGCACCGUAGUGUUGUAAACAUGAAGGAGAUCGUCACCGACAAGCAGGAUGCACUUGACUUUAAAAAGGACAAAGGUGCUUUUUACCUGGUGUUUGAGUACAUGGACCACGACCUGAUGGGCCUCCUGGAGUCUGGCCUGGUCCAGUUCUCCCAUGAGCAUGUCCGCAGCUUUAUGCGCCAGCUGAUGGAGGGUCUGGACUACUGCCACAAGAACAACUUCCUGCACAGAGACAUUAAGUGCUCCAAUAUACUGCUCAACAACAGAGGGCAGAUCAAACUGGCUGACUUUGGUUUAGCUCGGCUUUACAGUUCAGAGGAAAGUCGGCCGUACACUAAUAAAGUAAUCACACUAUGGUAUCGGCCCCCUGAGCUCCUGCUGGGAGAGGAGAGAUACUCUCCAGCCAUUGAUGUAUGGAGCUGUGGGUGUAUUCUGGGAGAGCUCUUCACAAAGAAGCCCAUCUUCCAGGCCAACCAGGAGCUUCUUCAGCUGGAGCUCAUCAGCCGUCUGUGCGGGAGCCCCUGUCCUGCAGCCUGGCCUGACGUCAUUAAACUUCCCCUCUUCAACACCAUGAAACCCAAAAAGCAGUACAGACGGCGGCUGCGGGAGGAGUUUGCCUUUCUACCGACUCCUGCCCUGGACUUGCUGGACCGAAUGCUGACCCUCGACCCCGCACGCCGCUGCUCAUCAGAGCACGCGCUCAACAGUGACUUCCUGAGUAACGUUGAGCCCAGCAAGAUGCCGCCGCCAGAUCUCCCGCACCACCAGGACUGCCACGAGCUGUGGAGUAAGAAGAGACGCCGCGCCCGUCAGAGCGGGGUGCCCGAAGAUGUGCCUGUGCCCAAAGUGCCCCGCAAGGAUGCGACCGGGACCUCCAGCGGAGAAAACAGCCGGCCUCAAGCCAGCCCGGCUGGAGCCCCACCGCCGGAAAAGCCGCCCCCUGCCGCUAACUUGGAGAGUGAGUUGUCAGGACUGGGGGUUGCUGCAGAGCAGUUGAACCAGACGGAGCUGGCGGUGCUGCUGAACCUCCUCCAGGGACAGACGGACCUCAGCCUGCCCCAGGUGGCUCAGCUUCUUAACCUCUCCAAACCAGAGACACUCAGCCAGUCGCUGUCUGCCCUCAGCGAACCCUCUGACCCCCAGGGGGCGCCAGAGGACCAGGCCCAGCCCGCUGCCAGGUCCCAGCCCCCAGAGCCACCUCCCGAACCCCGGGAACUCUCGCCGACAUCCGGAGACCCGGCACUCAGCCAGGAAGACCAGGCCGGCCUUCUGGCUCUCAUUCUGGGCCACAUCAUAAAGCCACAGGCCGAGGAGCAAGGCGACGAGAGCAAUGGCGUCCAAUCAGAAGAGGCACUAAUGCGCGGUUCGUCUGCCUCUACUUCUGAUCGCAAGGAUGGUACGACAUCAAAGAGCAAAGCGCUUGGGGUCAACCAGGUGCCUCCAUCUGCUGAGCAGCGUCCCCCCUCUCCACCCGGGCCUCCUCCGUCAGCUCUCCCCCUGGGGCGAGAGGCCCGUCCCAGGCCGGACAUCAGCCCCGCCAUGGCGGCUGCCUUGCUCCAGCUCAUCUCUCAGCAGGACUCUGAAGAAGCCGGGAACCCCGAGCCCGGCGAUGACCCGUCUCCGGCGGGGGAUGCCCCGCCCCCUCCUCCACCCCGGGUUGCUGACCCCAAACCUACGGCCGCAGCCGACGCCCCAGCGGGACUGGGGACCGCUGCUCCUACUGCUGCAGCACAGUUCCCCAAGGACCAGGACCUGCGCUUUUCUCACGGAGCCGCCCGCUGACCCCCCGAGGUGCACCGAGGCGGCUGCGUUGUUCCCGGCACGCAGAGGAAGAGUGCAGAUGGGACACUGGACGCAUGAGCAGGUAGCUAAAGUUGAAUCAAAGAUUAUGAAAAUGAAUGUCUUAAGGAAAGAGCUGCAGGGCCUCGCCGGGUCCCGAUCACCACCGCGAGCAAAGCCGCUGCAUUGGAGGGAGUGUUUGGACCUGGGCUUGAUCCGAAAAAAAUCCACAAAGUGACCGUUGCCCACUGCAAUCCUUUCCCUGUUCACUGAAGAUCCUGACUUGAAUGAAAUUUAGCUUCCAAACUGAGUGCCGUGCAGCUGACACUCAACGUAGAAAGCAGCUGUGAUCUUGUUUUUUCUUCCCCCAAACAAAUGAUUGUCACGUCCUCUUGCAGUGACUGCUUCUGACGUCUGUUUUCGGAGGUUGGGCUGGGCGUCCACUCUGAUAUAGGGGGGGGGGGGUGUGACUGUGAUGGAAGCUAAACUACUGUGAAUGGGUAUUUGAGACGGACCACUGGAGCUACACGAGUUUCCCCUUGUGCCGCACAUGCCGGCCAGCGCUCCUGUUUUCAGCCUUGUGCCUCCUUAGUGACCCCUAAAGGAUGUCGUCCUAUCGGGGGGAGCGUGGGUUGAGUUUCUGCUUUGGAUGAUGCUUACAACAGUGCACAUCUGCAGGACUGUAUUAUUUUUUGUUUAGUUUUUUUCACACAAAGACUACUCCAUGUUUUCUUCUGUCUGUUAUCAACAACUGAUCGUGUUGUCGCGUGAAGGUUUUCCUUUAGCAUACAGCAAAACGCAUAAACCUGCAGUACUUCUUUCCUGUCUCUAAUAUGGAUUUAACCACAAACUGCUCCAUAAUACUCAAGCUAUUCUGCUAGUUGAGAUAUACAACCCUAGAAACAUGUACCCACAGAGAGCGACCCUUGUUUUGGCUACCUGGUGGGCUGUGAAAGCCCUUUCUAAAAUGCCACCGCCUACCUGCCAACAUGUGCAACAAAAGCUUCUUUUUUCUUUUUCUCCUUUUUUGGUGGUUAUUUUCUACAUAAAGAAAAUUAUUCACGCUUAAAAUAAAAAAAUUGGUCCAUGGUUUUUUUGUAUGUUUGUUUUGCUUUGGAGAAGGGAAUGCUGGAGGAAAUGGUUUGGUGUGUCUGUAAAAAAGGAAAAAAAAUAAUAUUUUGUAAUAUGUGUUUUUCUCGGUUGAGUUUAUUAAAGGAAGUAAUGCGACCAGUUGAA